AUGGCUCAGAUUAACACUCCCUUGAUCCAGAAGAGUGAUGGAAUGCUGUGUUAUUUUUUGCCAAUUUCUUAUGUUUUAUUCUACUUACGUUUCCUGACUAAACUCGCUAGUGUGGUUAACUGGAUAUUCAUCUGGGAUUUGGGUAUUUUUCUGUUUUCCAGCAUGAUCUUGACCUUAAUAAACUGGGUUUUGAUAAAGCUUCCAAAUGUGGUUUCCAAAAAUGUCGGAUUUAUAAUAGUUACUUUACCAAUAGUUGUUGUGAGCACAAUAAUGAUGGAGAUGAUCAGGAACUCCGAACAAUUCUAUCAGAUCUUUGCUUAUGGAGGUGUAAUUUUAAUGCUGUCUGCGAGGUUAAGCUCUGAUAGUGAUUCAUUUUUUAUCUUGAGAGCUCUCGUCUUUCAAUAUGAAUCUUGUUCGAUCAUUUAUUUUCUGGACUCUAAAGAUGAUCUUCACAUUACAAAAGGAUUAUGGAUGUUCGCUGUAUUUAUCAUUGGCUUAUGCGUUCAUGUUUUUCCACAUCAUGAUGCAAAGUUGGCUGUUAGAUUCUUACUCCCUUUGUUGCCUCAGAAAUUCUGUCCUCCCAUAGCCCGGUGA